AUGGGAAAGGUGCACGGUUCAUUGGCUCGUGCCGGUAAGGUGAGAGGUCAGACACCUAAAGUGGCUAAGCAGGACAAGAAGAAGAAGCCACGUGGCCGUGCUCACAAGCGAUUGCAACACAACCGCCGUUUCGUCACCGCCGUUGUUGGCUUUGGCAAAAAGCGAGGACCAAACUCAUCAGAGAAGUAGAUUGAAGAAAUGUUUACCUCUUGAUGUUGUUUUGGAUUCUUUAAUGUUUUUGAUAAUGCGUCUGUUCAUCUACAGAGCCAAUGGAUGUUGUUGAGCCAAUGUUUUUUUUGUCUAUUUCGUUUGUCUUGCAUCUGUUUCUAUUUGGAUUAUACCUUUCUUGGAUAAGUGGCAUAAAGUUUAGAUUAUUGACAAGGCUGCCAUAUUUAUAGAACUGUUACAAAAUGUUUAUCU